UUCCGGGACAAGCUUAAUGUAGGUUAUGGAAACAUGCUCUUGCUCUCUACAGUCGACAAGAUCACAGGACCAUGUAAUAAAUAAUAAUAACAGGUUCGAAGGUCGUGAGCAAGUUUGGCCUCGAGAUUGUUAUUAUCAUAAUAGUCCUGUGACCAGACAUGUUUAAAAUAUUUGUUACAGAUCGUCAAAGCCUGGAAUAGGUAAACUGCAAUGAGGAAGCUUUUUUGCUUUGUUUUGUACUCCCAGCUCCCUCUGGGAAAAACUUGUAGAUGAGAAACACAAAAAAGUGAGGAUAAUGACGGAAGAUUUAGAUGCUUAAAGUUCGACUGUUGUUGUUCGUUUAGAGUUACUUCCCUUUAUAGAGGAAAUGGCGACGACAAUAGCCUCCAACGUAGGAAUCAAGUUAACUGGCAGGGAUUCAAGACAACAACAGUAAUACUUUCAACAGUCUGCCUAAAGCACACUGACUAGAUCAUAGCUCUGAAAAGCGGCCUAUAUUUCCGUAAGAAAGAGAGGAUCAUUUCACAUGUUUCAGGAGCUGUGAAGAGCACUGAGCAGUGUAACAGAUCAUGACUGACUCUGAAACUACGAUGGACCCGUGCGACGAGGACGACGUGUCCGUCAUCAGUGACACCACAGAUGGAACAAAUGUUGUCACAUCGCCGUCAACAUGGGCAGGUCUGAAAGGAUUGGUGAAAACUCCACAAAAGAAAAGGGAGACCAUGUGCAGUCCCUCAGACAAAGGAGAUUGCUCGCCAAUUAUUCCCAGUCAAAACAGAACAGAAAACUUGAGUGGGGAUGUUGAACCAGAAGAAUGUCUGUCUGAUGGUGAGUCUGUGAUAUCCUCAUCACUGCUCACCGUCACAGGUGUGCUCUCAAGACCAAGGGGAACAACUCCACUUAGACCAUCUGAAGUUAAAAAGCACAGAGUUACCUCCCUUCUUAGCCUGGCGUCUGCUAACCCAUGUCAACCAUCACUCAGUCAGGAUGAAGCAGAAAAUAAAACAUUUGUUGAUGAACAGUGUCACUCCUUCAGUGUUCCAACAAAAUCUAAUGUGCACUCUAAGCCAGAAGAGCAGCAGGAUGGAAGGCAGGACGAAAAAGCCUCAAGAGGUAAUUACACACAGAUUUUGGAUGAAAUCUUUGGAAGUAAGGCACCUCAACCAGAUAGUCGAAACAAGUCAGAAAUAGCUGGGAACCUACAUGGGCUCGUAAUCACCCAAGUAGAUUUUCAAGGAAAAAGUUCCAUCAGUGAAACAACACAAGAAAAGUCUUCUGAGUACUUGAAAUUAAAUGUGUCUCAAAAAACGAGUUCUGCUUCUGCUACGAGUUCUCAGUAUUCUGAGUUACUUUUGACUGAGAAAUGUUUGAAACAAUCAAGUCAUCAAGUUGAGUUUGAUGGUGAUGAUCGCCUGCGUCCUGAAUACAAUCAGCCUGUUAUGAGUGGAGAUACAAGAAGAGACAUAUUUGCUCCUCUUGAAGUUAUUAGGGAUGUUACACCCUCAGCAGAGGAAGGCAUCCCUCUCGUUGAUCUGUCUGAGAAGACCUGCUCCAGACUACCAGCUCACCAACAUGGACUCAACAAUGUUCAGAUAGAUGAAAACUUGCAGACUCAAAUACUAAUUGACACUGCAGGCAACGAGCAGCCUCCAUCAGCCCAUCAACAGUUAGUAUCUCAGCUGACAAAGGAGGACCUGACUACCAAUCAACACCCAGAAUCUCAACUGAUACAGGAGGACCUGACUACCAAUGAACACCCAGUAUCUCAGCUCACACAGGAGGACCUGUCUACCAAUCAACACCCAGAAUCUCAGCUGACACAGGAGGACCUGUCUGCCUGUCGACACCCAGAAUCUCAGCUGACACAGGAGGACCUGACUACCAAUCAACACCCAGAAUCUCAGCUGACACAGGAGGACCUGUCUGCCUGUCGACACCCAGAAUCUCAGCUGACACAGGAGGACCUGUCUGCCUGUCGACACCCAGAAUGUCAACUGACACAGGAGGACCUGUCUACCCAACUGUUGGACUUCAUUAUAGAAUUCACCCAGGAGUCCCGAGCAUCAUCUGGAAUAGUUCAGUCAGCACCCAGUCCAGAAAGGCUACUGGAAACCCUUUCAGAGCAUCAAAACAAGUGUUCUCCCCAUGAACCAUUACUUAAUGAUAAAAAUUCAGAGAAAUUACUUCACCCAAAUCAGAAAACUUCAAGCAUGCCCAGAAAUGUAGCAAAUGGUCCAAAUUCAGAAACCAUAGGAAAACACUCUCAAGACACACAUUUAUUUGCAAGAUCCAAAAAUGGAAAGAAAAAGUCAAUUAAAUUUUGCCCUCCUACCUUGAGUCAGAAGGAUGUGAUGAGAGGACAGAGUCAGUGUGUACCUCUUCCACUGCGUCAUGGUUGCGAACCUGCCAAGGCGGAAACUUGUCCACGGUCAUCCUCAAAGUCUAUUCAAGGACUGCAGAACAAGAAGUCUGAUGAAGCACAAUUAGCACAAAAUAAAUCGGUGGAUUUUCACAAUAAGACUGCUAUAGUAACAGAGGGAGCUAAGACGUGGACAGGGGCAGCCAAUGAGAGGGAUAUCAUGCUUAACUUGAUGGCCAGAUAUCAAGCUAUGGAAACAGCUCUUCAAAACAUACCUGGUAGAUCUCGUGUCUUGGACAUGUCAACAGAACUGACAGAAAUACAAGGAACAGUAGCACAGCUGAAUGAGCAGCACAAGACUGAGCGAGGACGGCUGUCGGUGAGGGUGGGUCUGAAGGGUCUGUCCAAGGCCAGCAAGAAGCAGCUGAAGAAGGAGCUGCAGGGUCUGGGAGACAGACAGAAGCACCUGCUACAGGCGGUGCGCAGACAUAAGGAGGUCAACUCCAGGCUGAAGCAGGUGCUUGCUGGCUUCAACACAACCAGAACAACCUGUGCUGGCAGGGAGUCCAGUGAAGAGACACAGGGGGCCAUGGGCAGCAUUGCUGUAUCAAAACUGGCAGCUGUGGGGUCAAACAUGCAAGGGGGAGUGCAUGAUAGCCCAGGGAGAAGUCAAAUCAUAGGAGAAUCUACCGGGGUCUCUAAGAUGGAGGGAGGCAAAUGUGACAUUGUCCAGACAUCUCUUGACUACACUUCAGCUAAAAAUAGAAUUGUUUCUGAGUCAAGUUUUCAAAAGGAUUAUGCACCAAAAGAGUUUCUGAGAGAUCAAAAUGCAUGGAUUGGGCACACAGGUGCCAGAACAUACGAUGCCAUAGAAGCCCAAACAAGCAAUGUUACUGACAAUGUUGAAAGAAAGAAGGAAUCUUCGGGUAAUAACCUGAAUGUUGUAAAUCAGAAAUACAGAGCCGAUAAUAUUUGUGAUAAAAGCAUGGAACACAUACAUAUUUCAAAAUCAAUUCCAACUGGUGUCGAAGAUGACAGUGUUAUCACAGCCACAGGUAAUGAGUUGCUGGUUAAAGGAGAUGUACGUCGUGCUCCAUGUUCACAAGUCAAGGAGACAGAGGCUUGUGUGAGAAGCGAUCACAGGAACAGUGCUGGGGCUGGGGAAGCUUCACAGAUCAGUGGGAUAGAAGACAGCCAACAAGACCUGUUCAGCCAGGGCUCCUCGGACCAGGACAUGGAUAGGAGGAUGGUUGAAGAGAUUAUUGCCACACAGACACUGAGCCAGGAGUCUGACUGCCCUGUAUUAGGUGACAUCAGACAUGGAGGGAGGGAGCUGACCAGGGGGGACUGA